AUGUUGGUUCGAGACAAUCAUGAGGACACUAUGUUGCACUUAGCCGGAAGAUUGGCACCCCGAAUAAAACUCGAUCUUGUUCCUGGUGCAGCUUUGCAAAUGCAACUUUAUGUGCUAUCAUGUAAGAAGUGGAGGAACAAGUACCGCCCAUGUUUAAGGAGAGCCAAAAAUAAGUCUGGAGAAACGCCCGCAAUGGUCUUCACUAGAGAGCACGAGAAAUUAGUAGAGGAAGGACAAAAAUGGAUGAAAGACACUGCAAACUCAUGCACAAUUGUGGUAGCACUCAUCGUCACAGUGGUAUUUGCAGCCGCGAUCACUGUUCCUGGCGGCAGCGACAACACUGGGCUUCCCAUUUUCUCCAAAAAGACAGCAUUCAUUGCCUUUGCUGUUUCAGAUGCAAUCUCUCUCUUCACGUCCACCACUUCUCUGUUGAUGUUCUUGUCCAUCCUUACUUCUCGUUGUGCUGAAUCAGAUUUUCUCUAUGUUCUUCCCAAGAGAUUGAUAAUUGGCCUGUCAACCUUGUUCCUAUCCAUAACAACCAUGAUGGUGGCCUUUAGUGCCACACUCUAUCUUUCGUUUGGGCACGAUAAGUUGUGGAUACUUAUUCCGGUGGCCGUACUAGCCAGUUUACUAGUCACGUCCUUCGUGUCACUCCAAUUUCCCCUCCUUGUGGAUCUCAUUUCAACGACGUAUGGUCCUGGCAUUUUUGGCAAACAAAAUGAUCGGCCCUUUUAUUAA